CUCUGCCUCUGCUUCUAACCAUUUUCUGCUCUGAUUCCUUUCGCAUCUCACACAGAAAUGAAUCUCCUGGGCAUUACCGCCGUUCUGGGACUACUGGUGGGCGCUUGGGCUCACAUCGGUGUGCUGAGGCCUCCGUGCGAUUCCUUGGAGGCAGAGGAGGCUGCUGUGGUGGCUCAGGAUUACCUCAAUGCCCAGCACAAACAUGGGUACAAGUAUGUACUGAACAGGAUCGAAGACAUCAAGAUCCUCACAAAGCCUAAUGAAGAUGACACAUAUGUCCUGGAAAUUGACCUGCUGGAGACAGACUGUCAUGUGUUGGACCCCACACCUGUUGCCAACUGCACAGUCAGGCCCAAAGUGUUGACGGCAGUAGAGGGAGACUGCGAUGUGGUGCUGAAGAGGGUUAAUGGAGCUCUGACUGUCACAGCCUUCAAGUGUAAAACAGAAGAAUCAACAGAGGACCUAUGCCUGGGCUGUCCGACCCUCCUUCCCCUGAAUCACACUGGAGCGCUGGACUUUGUCACCACCUCUCUGGGAACCUUCAACAACCAGACUGUGAAUGUAACAUAUGUUCUUCUGGAGAUUGGAAGGAUGUCAUCGCAGAUCGUGAGUGGUGGGCCGAUCUAUUUAGCAGAAUAUGUUGUAGUUGAGGCCAACUGCACCGAUGAUCCCUGCGUGCCCCUGAAUGAUGCCCUGGCUGCUCGUAGUUUUUGCACCGCCAGAGGCUCAAACGAUGAACACACAGUGGAUUGCAAGAUCCUUUCCACUCUGACACCCAUUGUAGAUGUCAACGGCACAGCACGUGUGGAACAUGCCAGCCUGCCGGUGGUUCAUGUCCAUAGAGGCAAUAUUUCGCUCAAUCACGGCCUGAGACACCACAAACUGACCACCCUGCACGACCCUCAUCUCAGCGGCCUUCUGUCUUCAGAAUCAGGAGAGUCCGAUGAAGUUGUCCCUGUAGUAAGUGCUGCUGUUCCUACUGCUGACCCUGCUGCUGUUGCUGAUCCUACUGCUGUUGCGGAUCCUGCCGCUGUUGCUGAUCCUGCCUCAGCUUCAGAUGCUUCAGAUGCCUCAUCCAGUAAGGAGGUCCCCGUUAUUCUGUUUAAGAGAGCAGUAGCUGCUCAACCUGCGGCUGCUCUGGUCGAUGGUCCUGCAGCACAGGCAGAUCCCACUGCUAUUGUGCCAGUCUGCCCAGGAAAAGUCAGGUUCUUUUAAGUGUUCAGGUCCCACAGACUCUUUACGGUUGCCUUCUUCAAUAACACUGGUACUAAUAACUUUGACACAUAAAUGUGCUGUGGUAAGCAAGAUGUAACACCAAUACAUUAUCAAACGUGUAUUAAUUCAUUGUGUGAAACUGUCAAAUCACAAACAACUGACAUUUCUUUUAAAAAGUGCAUUAUAUCCUGUGAAAUAAACCUCUCAAGUCAAAA